AUGGGUGUUCAAUCACUAUGGGAUAUAGUGGGUCCCCUGGCUCGACCAGUCAGAUUAGAAGCAUUGUCGCGCAAGAAGCUUGCCGUUGACGCGUCCAUUUGGAUCUACCAGUUUUUAAAAGCAGUACGUGACAAGGACGGAAAUGCAUUGCCCCAAUCUCACAUAGUUGGGUUUUUCAGAAGGAUAUGUAAACUACUAUAUUUCGGAAUUCAACCGGUAUUUGUGUUUGAUGGAGGAGUCCCUGUUUUGAAAAGACAAACGAUCAACGAACGAAAGAAUCGAAGGCAGCAUAACUCUGAAUCAACUCGAGAAACUGCUCAAAAAUUGUUGGCUAUUCAGUUACAACGUCAAGCGGAAGAGUUGAUAGACAAACGACCAGCUCUAAAAACAAAAGCAGCAAGUGCCGAUGACGAUGAUGACGAUGAUGUGAUUUACUUUGAUGAUUUGCCGAUGAACAAGCCUGUGGUUGAAGAACAACCUAAGGAACGUCCAAAGUCGAUCAAGUUUAGAAAAGCUGACGAGUACCAUCUUCCAGACUUGGACGAAUUCAGGGUCUCUCGAUAUGACCAAAGGAUUAUGCCUGAUGACGGCAAUGCUGAAAUGUGGGAUGACUUUGAUCAUGUGGAUGGGAUCAACAUAAAUCAAGUUGACCCCAAAUCAAAAGAGUUUGCUAAUUUACCCAUUUCGACACAGUACAUGAUUUUGAACCAUCUCCGACUAAAGUCAAGAUUGAGAAUGGGAUAUAGAAAAGAACAGCUUCAAGAGUUGUUCCCCAACCUGAUGGAUUUUUCCAAAUUUCAAAUUCAACAAGUUCAAAAACGAAAUUUUUAUACACAGAAGCUUAUGAAUGUGACUGGGAUGAACGAUGAGGAUACAAUUGAUAGGCGGGUUGCUGGAGAGAGAGACAGGAAAUAUGCGUUGAUUAAAAACGAGGAUGGUUGGACUUUGUCCCUUGAAGGGGGUGACCAAUCGUUGACCACAGCACCGUACGCUGAUUAUCGGGAGCCAUUGGACAAAAGUCCCAAGCAAAGAAAUGAUGCUGAAGAGAACGAUCUGGACUUUGAAGAUGUGAUUUUGGACGAUUCUGGAGAAACUGAGGACGAGAAAAGAAAUCAGGAAGCUUUGAUUAAAUCAAUUUAUGAGCAGUAUGAGCAUGGUGAUUCUUCAAAAGGAAACUUCACCGCCGUGCAAACUUCUUACAACGAGCAAUUGAAGAAAGCAGUGGAAGAGAGUAAAAAAGAUUAUUUUGAAUUGAAAGAGCAAGAAGCUAGAGAUGCUAGAUUAGAUUUACAAUCCUCGAUGUUGUUUACUGAUACUACUGAUUGGAAUAAAGGGGCGUCGGAUCGAAAGCUGGAAGCUCCCCUCGAGGCAACAACCAAAAGUGACUUGCAAAGCUCCCUCUUAAUUGAUUCACAAGAUUACAAGGCAGGAAAGGUAAAUUCAAGACUAGCCGAAGCUAAUGGAGGCUCAGCAAGAGAUGCCUCAAAUAAGCAGGACAUUGCAACAACCAAUGACAAACGGGACGUUUAUCGUACCUCAAAAUCUUCUUUCGGAAAUGAAAGUGUGCUCAAGCAGUCAGUUGCAGAUAGUCUGCAUAGAGAAGAGGGAAGUGACUCUUCGGACAUGGAAACCACACACUCGCCAAAAACAAUUUAUCCUUCUACUGAAGGGCAAAGGCGAUUACCCGAAUGGUUCCAAACUGAAGUUAACCAAACGUUGAAUCCUCACAAUGAGAAGUUUGUGCCCAGUACCGGACUUGAAACUAAGAGCUAUAAGGAAGAUGAAGAAGCCGGUUUGAUACCAUGGUAUCAAGCCAAAGAGCUUUUUGAGAACAACGAUGAGAUUGAGUCGAUGCGUAAUGAUACUGUUGAGCUUCCGGAAAAUGCUCCUUCUGCUGAGAACAAUGGUCACAAACAGAAUACUGAUGUCGGGGUAGUGUCGGAAAAGGAACACAGGCGACCUGUGGUGAUUGACUACGAUUUUGAGGAAGAUGACGAGGGGCUACUCGUACAGCAAUUACAAAGUGAAGAAGCCGAUCAUGAAAAAUUGAGGAGCCAAAUUAAACAGUCUCACGAAUUUCCCAUAUCAUCAAUAGAGACGAGAAUCACGGAGGAACAGUUACUACAGGAGAAGCUUCAGAAAGCCAAAAGAGAUUCGGAUGAGGUUACAGAGAAUAUGAUCAGUGAUGUGCAGGAACUACUAAGGAGGUUUGGAAUACCAUACAUAACAGCACCUAUGGAGGCGGAAGCACAAUGUGCUGAACUUUUCAAAAUUGGAUUAGUCGACGGCAUAAUAACAGACGAUAGUGAUUGUUUUCUUUUUGGUGGGGACAGGAUAUACAAAAACAUGUUCAAUCAAAAGCAAUUUGUUGAGUGCUAUCUCAAAGACGAUAUCGAGAACAAGAUUGGCUUGAGUAGAGAAAAUUUGAUUGAAUUGGCCAUAUUAUUAGGAAGCGAUUACACUCAAGGAAUUAAAGGAAUCGGCCCCGUGUUGGCGGUAGAAAUACUUGCAGAAUUCGGCAGUUUGAAGGGGUUCAAAAGCUGGUUUGAUGAAAAAACAAAGACUUUGCAAUUGGACCAAACCUCUUUGACGCCAUUGCAGAAAACUUUAACUAAUCGAAUCAAGAAUGGGAAGUUGUUUCUACCAGAUAAUUUUCCUGAUAAAGUAAUCUUUGAAGCAUAUCAACAUCCCGAGGUCGAUUCAGACAAAAGUGAGUUCAAAUGGGGCAUUCCGAACUUGGAUCAAAUUAGAGCAUUUCUAAUGUACAACGUGAACUGGUCACAAGAGAAAGUGGAUGAGGUGAUGGUACCGUUGGUUAGAGAUUUGAACAAGAAGAAAGCUGAAGGUACACAAUCAACCAUUGGCGAAUUUUUCUCCCAAGAGUAUAUCCAGACUCGCAAGGAGUUGAGUACAGGGAAAAGAUUGAAAGCUGCUGCGAACAAAUUAAGUAAAAGGAAACACAAGUAG